AUGCCUCCUCAUCGCAUGCAAGCCGGUGUGCUCAUCGGGCCCGCUGGUCCUCAUGGUGCCCCGCCUGCACCCUCUCGUCUUCCCCCUCCAUCUCAUGCUCUUCCUGCAUCUCGUCCUCUCACCAUGCAUCCUGCUCCGGGCAGCCGUCAGCUGUCAAACCCCAUGCAGCCCCGCCCUGCUCCCCCGAUGUGCUCAACUGGACGUGGUCAAGGCAACGUCGCGCAGACAUUGCGGUCAUAUGGGAUGCAUGUGGUGAGACAGGUCGAUAAUGCUGUCGCGGGUCCAAGCUGUUACAUGGACGUGCCACGCCGCAAUUUCAACACCGACUAUGGUGACUUCGACAUGGGUGAGUGUGACAAAUAUGACGAUUACGACGAUGGCGUAGAUGGUCAAUAUGACGAGGAUGCUUACUACGAUCGCCAGUAUUAG